AUGCUGCGACUUACUCGGCUACGCAUGGCCAUCACGGUGGCUGAUAUCGAGGCGAAGAUAAGAGCCUCGGAGGCGCUCAAGCCGGUGCAAGACGUCAAGGUGGUUGACGCAAGUGGCGGCUGCGGCAGCUUUUUCAACAUCACGGUGACGUCGCAGGUGUUCCGUGGCCAACCGCUGGUGCAGCAGCACCGACUGGUGAAUGAGGCGCUGAAGGUUGAGAUUCCACUGAUCCACGGCUUCUCCCUCACCACCAAAGUGGAGUAG